CGACGGCGGGGUUGAACAAUGACCGUCAACAAGCCUCUCAAAUACCUUCUCUUCACCUUCAACUUUUUGUUUUUUGUGGGUGGAAUCAUCAUUCUCACUCUCUCCACACAUGUGCGAAGCAACAAAGCAGACUACCAGAUCACAGAUGACCUCCUCCUGGCAGUGAACCUCCUGAUAUUUGUCGGUGCUGUGACUCUGAUUUUUGGCUUCCUGGGCUGCUGUGGAGCUUUCCAAGAGAGCCGCUGCCUGCUGGCCCUGUUCUUCCUGGGCCUGCUCUCCAUGUUCAUCAUGCUGUUGGCCGUGGGAGUGCUGGGAGCCGUAUCAAGAACCACUGCUGCCCAGGAGUUGGUGCAGGAGCACUUGAAGCAGCUGCUUCCACUGAGCGAACAGCCGAAGGAAGUCCAGGACUCGUUUCAGAGCGUGGAAUUGAACGGGUUCUGCUGUGGUCUUUUCGUUGGACAUCUCGACUGGGGCAACUCAACCAUGGUGCCGGACUCUUGUAACUGCACAGACACCUUCAGAAACUGCACAGUUUUGGAGGAUCGUGAGAUUUACUCAACGCCGUGUAUGGUGUACCUUAUGACGUGGUUUGACAGAGUAUCAGAAACAUUUGUGGUGACUGCGAUCACGUUUGCCGUUGUGAUGAUUCUUGGCAUUAUUUUAUCACUGGUCCUGUUCUGUCAGAUAAUGAAAAAGAAACUCCACAUUUAAAACGUGUAUCAUAAGACCUGAUGUUCACUGGUGCUGAUUUGAGGACAGAUCUUCAUGUUAGUCUGACUUGAUUUUUACUUUUUU